AUGGCAUCGCUGUCCGGCCAAGGCACUCCUAAGCUGACGUCAGCUGUCGGCAAUUUAUAUUAUGACUCUAUCCUGCCAUAUCGUGAGGAUGCUAACGCGCAAACUCGCGAGUUCCUUGCACGCGUCGUCGACGUACUGCUGGAUUAUGUUCAGAAAGUCAAUGAUCGGAAUGAAAAGAUCUUAGACUUCAAGAUGCCAGAGGAAAUGCAGAAGGCGCUAGAUCUCCACUUGCCAGACGAACCCUUACCACUUAAGCAGCUCUUGGAGGACUGCAAAAUCGCUCUAAAGAAUCAAGUGAAGACAGGACACCCACACUUCUUCAAUCAACUCUCCUGCGGUCUCGACAUCAUCUCACUGGCUGGCGAGUGGUUGACUGCCGCUGCCAAUACCAAUAUGUUUACCUAUGAGAUAGCACCAGUGUUCAUUCUCAUGGAGAAUGUGGUUCUGGAGAAGAUGAGGUCGAUGAUCGGAUGGAAGAGCGGUGACUCGAUUCUUGCCCCCGGUGGAUCGGUGUCGAACCUGUACGCAUUCCUGGCGGCGCGACACCACAAGUUCCCGCAGUACAAGGAGAAGGGGCUGUCCAGCAUCCCCGGACAACUCGUCAUGUUUACUUCCGACCAGGUUAAUUCUUAUUAA